AUGGAGAAGAAAAGCAUAGUGCAUUGCAUGGUCUUAGCAUAUCCGGCACAAGGCCACAUCAAUCCCAUGCAUGAAUUCUCCAAGCUUUUGCAAGACAAAGGGGUGAGAAUAACACUAGUCACAACCCGUUCAUAUUGCAAAAACUUGCAUAAGGCACCUGAUUCCAUUGCACUUGAAACCAUUUCUGAUGGGUUUGACAAUGGUGGGCUUGAUGAAGCAGGGAGUUACGACUCCUACUUGAAACGCUUUUGGCAAGUAGGGCCAAAGACUCUUUCUGAACUUCUUGAAAAACUUGGUAAAUCAAAUAACCUAGUUGAUUGUGUUAUUUAUGAUUCAUUCUUUCCUUGGGCAUUGGAUGUUGCAAAGAGAUUUGGGAUAGUUGGGGCUGUUUUCCUCACUCAAAAUAUGUUCGUUAAUAGCAUAUAUUACCAUGUUCAACAAGGAAAGUUGCAUGUUCCCCUGAUAGAAAAUGAGAUUUCCCUUCCUAUGUUGCCCAAACUUCACCUCGAGGAUAUGCCUUCGUUCUUCUUUACAUAUUUAGAUGAUCCAAUUUUGCUUGAUAUGUUGGCGAAUCAGUUCUCCAAUUUCGACAAAGCUGAUUGGAUCUUGUGCAAUUCAUUCUAUGAGAUGGAAAAAGAGGUAAUUGAUUGGACGAUGAAGAUUUGGUCCAAAUUUAGGACCAUAGGACCAUGCGUAACAUCUAUAAUUUUUAACAAGCAAUACGACGAAGACUGUAGUGUUACGCAAUUUAAGAGUGAGGAAUAUUGCAUGGAAUGGUUAGAUGAUAAACCAAAACAAUCUGUUGUUUAUGUUUCUUUUGGGUCUAUGGCAGUACUCAAUGAGGAGCAAAUAAAGGAAUUAGCUUAUGGUUUGAGAGAUAGUAAAAGUUAUUUUUUAUGGGUUGUUAGAGCCUCAGAAGAAAUUAAACUUCCCAAAGAUUUUGAAAAGAUGUCAGAGAAGGGCUUAGUAAUAAGGUGGUGCUCACAACUAAAAGUUCUAGCUCAUGAGGCUAUCGGCUGUUUUGUAACACAUUGUGGUUGGAACUCUACAUUGGAAGCCCUGUGCUUAGGAGUUCCAAUGGUUGCAGUGCCACAAUGGUCUGACCAGAAUACCAAUGCUAAGCAAAUUGUAGAUGUUGGGAAUAUGGGAAUUAGAGCUCCAGUUGAUGAAAAAAAGAUUGUGAGAGGAGAAGCAUUAAAGCAUUGUAUUAUUGAAAUAAUGGAGAGUGAGAGAGGCAAAGAAAUUAAAAACAAUAUUAUGCAAGGGAAGGCUUUGGCUGCACAAGCUGUUAAUGAGGAAGGGAGUUCUCAUAAAAACAUUUCAGAAUUUGUGAAUAGCUUGUUCAAUUUACAAGCAGCAUGCAGGGAAUCGCAAAUUAAUUCUUGA